UGUGUAUUCCUCGAGCAAAUGUGCAACGCUGCUCCUGAAUCACGACCUUCGUGUCACGUAUGACUGGUCCUUUAAACAACUUGCAUUGCAUCGAGUCCAUCUGCGGGAUGCAAGCAGCACCUCAUUUGCAUAGAGCCGGACUGUCCGACUCCCUGUACCGACGAUCUUCGUCUUGUUCUGCAUCUUUCUCCGCACCAACCUUGCUAACGGCUCGACUAUGAUGUGUUACCAGAAAGCACCGAGGGCAAGAGCGACCACAAUGUCCUUCUCCGCACCCUUCUCGACCAUAUAUUCACGUAGUCCGCUAUCAAUGGUUCACGCAUCUCAACAAUGCCUGUCCCAUCAUUCGCCAUGAUCACCAUAUUGCUAUCCGCUUUGUUUCUUGCGACUGUCUGGGCACAAAACCCCUACACUGAUACUUCUGACUUUAAUGGGCACAGAACACCUUCCUACUCGCCUGUCCGUCCUCCAGCUCUACCUCUCGCCGUCCGUAGCCCCUACACCAACAUCUGGACUUCUACCGUCAACAAUGGCACUCUCAAUACUAAUGGAGCCAUGUUCUGGCCUGGGAACAGCGCUGGCUGGGAAGGCAUAAUCGUUGUGGAUGGAGCUGUCUACGAAUACCUGGGCACUGGUCUGCAAUCUCUCCCACCUCUCGAUAAUGUCAAGACUGCUUCGCCACUGGCUGUCGAUUUCGACUCCCAGUACUCCAACUUUACCUUCCGUGCUGGCCCGGUUGAUCUUGUUGCAAGCUUCUUCAGCCCUGUCAUACCUCAAGAUCUUUGUCGGACCAGUAUUCCACUGAGUUAUCUUCAAGUCACCUAUCAAAGUACGGACGGUCAGCCUCACGAGGUCCAGCUAUACAGUGAUGUCAACGCCGGAUGGAUUUCUCCAGAGUCUAACACGACUGUGAAAUGGAAUCUAUUCGAAGACGGCUCCGCAGUCAAUGGCAGUGGCAAUGCUACAGGCAGCCCUUCUACUGUUUACAGCUGGGUUCUUUCUCAACAAAAUCAGUAUGAAUUUGGAGAACAGAAAGACUUUCCUCAAUGGGGCAACUUCACUUAUUCCUCAAGCCCUGGUCAGUCUCAGACAUUUGGUUUCCAGAGUGGCUAUUCUCUAAACCUCCGGUACGACUUUGUCACAAACCUUCAGUUGUCCGAUAUCGUGGAUUCCGAGUACCGGGGUGCUCAGAACAAAGAGCCAGUGUUUGCUUUCGAACAUUACUUCAGCUCGUCAACUUCAGGAAGCGCUCUCUACACGAUUGGAACGGUGCAGCAAAAUGUCAUUCGCUUCCUGACAUCAGACGGACUUGUGCCUCUGCAGCCGUGGUGGACAGAAUGUUAUGGGCCGAGCUUGUCAAAUCUCAUCGACUUCCAUUACAACGAUCUCCCAAACAGCCAGGCAAAGGGAGCCAGUUUUGAGGCUCAGCUUAAGGCAGACGUCCACGCAUACUACUUGACUACUCCUGGGCUACUUUACAGCAAUAGUACUCCUUCUCCUCCGCCACCAUACACCAACGUCUCUGAUGGGGGAUACGAAGCCACAGAUCAGUUCGGGCAAGAGUACAUCUUUGACUCGAGCAACGGCUAUGGUUUUCUUAAUCCCAACAACUUCAGUGGUAUAUCCAUUCCUGAUGUUUCGGAAGCUGAAAGCUACUACGCUAUUGUCGCUUUAAGCGCACGUCAGAUUAUGGGAGCAUACGUCUUGACUGUUCCACCCAACCUUCGCUACAGCAACUCGUCUUCCAUUACCCAAAGCGAGCCGCUCAUGUUCCAGAAAGAGAUAUCGAGCAACGGCAACAUGAACACGGUCGAUGUCAUCUUCCCUGCGUUACCCUUCUACCUCUACGCCAACCCUGAUAUGCUCAAGUUCGUUCUCAAUCCACUCUUCUAUCAUCAAGAGAACGGCUUCUAUCCCAACGGCUACUCAAUGCAUGACCUUGGAACUCACUUCCCCAACGCUACCGGCCAUGUCGAAGGCAAUGAUGAAUACAUGCCGGUCGAAGAAUCUGGAAACAUGCUUUUGAUGGCUUAUGCUUACUUCAAGUUCACUGGUGAUGCAAGCUUCCUCACUCAGCACUAUCCCAAAUACCGUCAAUGGGCAACCUACGUCAUCGAGUACUCUCUCGUUCCUGAAGCUCAGUUGAGCACGGACGAUUUUGCAGGCACGCUUGCCAACCAGACCAAUCUGGCAAUCAAAGGCAUUGUAGGACUCAAAGCCAUGUCAUUUAUCGCUGAGGCGGUUGGCGACCUUCGCGCUGCGGCUAACUACUCGGACAUUGCAUCUUCCUACUUUGCUCAGUGGGAACAGUUUGCAAUCGACCCAAGCGGUACGCAUACAAUGCUUGCUUACCAAAGUCGUGGAUCCUUCGGUCUGUUGUACAACACAUAUCCCGACAAGUUGCUAAAUCUAGGCAUUAUUCCUCAGAGUCUGUAUGACAUGCAGAGUGACUGGUAUCCAACCAUAUCUCAAGUCUUUGGUGUCCAACUUGACAGUCGUCAUACGUAUACCAAGAGCGAUUGGGAGAUGUGGACCGCAGCUACUUGUUCGCCCGAGACUCGACGACUCUUUGUGAAUGCGCUUGCCUACUGGCUCAACAAUACCAGCACGAAUCUAGCUUUCGGAGAUCUCUUCGAAACCGUUGGCACCGGCGGAUAUCCUGUAGGCGGCCCGACAUUCGUGGCACGAUCUGUUGUUGGCGGGCACUACAGUCUGCUAGCACUCCUCAAGACUGGUCAAAAUAGCCAGACAGGCACUGCACCAGGUGGUUUCUCUCAAAACAGCACACAGACAUUGAAUGAUGCAGGAGCAGAGUAUCUCAAUGUAUCCGCAGUCGGUACUUCAUUCUCGGGGACAACAACUGAUACGAUAUCAAUACCGACAGGAGGCCUCUUCAAUCUGUCUGCCACUUCGCAUGGUCAGUCCAUGCUGAUGACGAAGCGGGGAGCGUAGCUAGUUUGUGCGAAGGACCGACGAUGACUGUCAAAAUAACAUAUUGUCAAUCAAGCAGAUUUUCACCAUCAAUUGGGGUUGUG